AGCAGUUUGAUUCGAAGGAAAAAUGUUUAAAUUAAAGGCGUUUACCGUUGUGACUUUGGUAGUGCUUUAUCAGCCAUUUGUUGCAGAAGCAUCCACCAAAGAUGACGUUAAAAAAGCAUUCCAUAGUCUUAUGGCAGAAAUAGACAGAGUUUUAACUCAAGCUCAGAAUGCUCUUAAUAAGGCCUUGAACACCGUUAAAGCUAAAGCAACAGAAUUAGAGGGUAAAGCAAACGCUGAACUGGACAAGGUUUUACAGCCACUCAGAAAGAAAUUGAAUGACUUAGUUGCUAAAGCUAAAGCCAAAGGUUUUGAUGUGGCCAAGUGUCAAAAGUACGUGGACGAUUUUUCUCAAACACCCAACACCCUUGCCCACAACCUAAUUGAAUGCAUUAACAAACAAAUAUCGAAAGCUCAAGACUUGGUUAAUGAUGCACUGAACAGAUCCAAAGCAAUCGAGCGAGAUCUCAACACUAUCGAUACUGAUAUCGACAAAUGUAACGGAAACGCUUGGAAGCAAGCGAAAUGCUAUGCAAAAAUACUCGAAAAAAUUGAAAAAGAUACUAAAGACGCACCAGCAAAAAUAAUGGCCGAUGUUGCUCAAGUUACGGAGUUGGUUACGAACUUGCUCCCUCAUUUGCAAGAAUGUUCUGUGGAGGAAUUGAAGCAUUCUGGAGAACAGGCUGCAAAGGAUGUGGCAGAAUUUGCCAUUUGCGCCGCAGUUUGAAACCCAGAAAUGGAAACAUAUCUAGCUUCU